CUUUUCUCUCUCUUUUUCUCUUUCACACCUUUUCUGUUAUUUUGCACUGAAUGAGUGUAUAUGUGCCUUUUGAUGAUCAAAGGAAGCAGGAUGCAUCAUUCACAAUCAAGUCAAUGGGUAUCCAGCUUGGUAUCAAUUUAGGAACUGCAAUCGUUGUUAUGAUUGGAUUCAGUUUAUUAAGACCUAGAAAUAGUUUGGUUUAUGCACCUAAAGCAAAAUUUUCAACAGACAAAAAUCGACCUCCUUCGAUAGCACCGACAGGCUGGCUUUCCUGGAUCAAACCAGUGUUUAGGGUCAAAGACGAAAUUUUAUUACAGCAGAUUGGAUGUGAUGCAGUGCUCUACAUUCGAUUCGUCCGUCUGUUACGAAAACUUUUACUCUGUAUGAGUGUGAUUGGCCUCGGUGCCUUAAUACCUGUCUAUAUCAUUGCCACCAAAGAAACUGGUGAUUGGCCUCCUGCUGCUGGUAGUAUCGAGAUUUUAUCUAUUUCAGGCAUCAAUUCUCAAAAUGGAAAAUUAGUAGAAACUCCCAAUACGGUGUGGUAUUGGGCUCCAUUCUCAGCGACAUGGGGAUUCUCCAUUCUCAUUGCUUACUUUAUGUACCGUGCUUCUUGUGACUAUAUCGACAUGAGACAAUACUAUUUCCGAUUACCCUCUAAUGAAGCCACCAUGAAAUCCUUAAUGGUGAGCCAUAUUCCCAAAAGUAAGCAGACUGAUCAAGAUUUGAAAGUUUGGAUCGAGUCUACACGCGCCAUUCAGCAUCCCAUCAAGGACAGUAUGAUGGGUCAUCACAGUAACAAGCUAUCUGAAAUAUAUGAAAACCACGAAAUUGCAGUACAUCAAUUGGAAACUGCGUUAGCCUCUUAUUUGAGUGAUGGUAAAAACACCGAUUCAAAGAAGCGACCAACGGUGCGCGUGGGUGGCAUGUUUUUUGGCUUAUUCGGUGGUAAAAAAGUGGAUGCGAUUGAACAUUAUACCAAACAAGUCGCUGAACUGGAUGGCGAGAUCAAAAAGUUGAGAAAGGAUCAAACCAAGACAGCACCCUAUGGUUGGAUUUCAUUUGAUAAAAUCGAAUAUGCUCAUCAAACCGAGCGAUCCUUAGAGAAGUGGUUAAAAAAGACAGAUAACGAAGAUGUCUUUCAGGUUCGACUUUCACCUACACCUACCAAUUUGAUCUGGAAUAAUUUACCGAUGAAUGAGAAGGCUAGGAAAUCAAAGCGGUGGAUUGGACGUAUUAUUUAUUGGGUAUUUGUGUUUGUUUGGAUGAUCCCAAUGACAGCUUUGUCUGCUACAUCCAACGUGAUUAAUUUGAUUCGAUUAAUUCCUAAUUCGGCCUCCUUCAUUGAGUCGCAUCAAGUUUUAAUGGGUCUUAUUCAAGCCUAUUUUACUCCUAUUGUGAUGGCCAUUUUCUUUUACUUGUUGCCCAUUUUCUUUCGAUUUUUAUCAAAGCAACAAGGCUAUUGGACUCAAACAACCCUGGAUCGCAAAGUGCUCACUAAGCUUUAUGUGUUUUUCAUCAUCAACAACUUGUUGGUAUUCACACUGACAUCCAUGUUAAUUGGUAUUUACGGGCAGAUCCGUGCAUUGAUUGAAUCAGGUUCGUUACCUUCAGAUACGUCCAUUUCUGGUUACGUCAUGCAGAUUGCACGAAAUAUCUCAGAGGUAUCUACAUUCUGGAUCAAUUUUGUUUGUUUGAAAUCUUUGGGUCUGACGAUGGAUCUUGCCAUGUUGGUGCCACUCAUCACAAUCACUGUCAAGAAGUUCUUGACCCGGCCUAGUCCUAGAGAAUUAAGAGAGAUGGCGAAACCACCCGAGUUUAACUUCCCACAAAAUUACAACCUGUUACUCUUCUUUUUCACAAUUGCGCUUGUGUAUUCUGCUAUGUCACCCUUGAUCUUACCGUUUGCCUUGAUUUAUUUUACGGUGGCAGGCAUGGUUUACAAAUACAUGUUGAUGUACGUAUAUGUCACCAAGAUUGAAAGUGGAGGUAAAAUCUGGCCAGUUUUAUUCCAAACCAUCAUGACAUCCGUCAUUUUUUUUCAGGUCACAAUGAUCAUCAUGUUGGUGCUGAAAGGGGGUAAUUUACAAGCGUAUAUUUUGAUUCCUUUACCUUUCAUGACGUUGGCUUUCCAAUAUUUCUAUUAUCGUCGUAUGCAUACUUUGGGAUCUUACUUGAUCGGCUCGGAUUCCAAUUUACCUAGUAAUUAUAUCGAUGAAUCUUUCCUUGGUGACGAUCAUCAUGCUUCUGGUAAAAAGAAACCUGCUGCUAGUAAAAGCUCAUUACGUGAUCAAUUCCAGGACCCUGCAUAUCAUGACAAACUUUCAACUCCUACCGUGCAUGAAGAUGUCAAACAUUUAUUACAAAAAGUGUAUCGUAAUUCCACCCCUCCUGCUGCAACUUCACAUGGUAACUCGCAACAUCGUCACAAGGUUAAUGAAACAAUUGAAAUGGUCCAGAACUAUAGUAAAAAUAUGGCACAUGAUAUGGAUCUUGAUCAACAGAAAGGGUUUAGUCACAAACAUCAUAUUUAUGAUGCUGGUUGUCCUAUUCAAUUUGAGACUGUGACAGAAGAGGAUAUCUUAGAGGCCGAAAGUGAAGAUGACGAAGAAGAAGUCACUCAAGGUCAAAGAGAAAUGGCGCAUUAUGCUAAAGACGAUGAGGAAGAUAUGUCUCUAACCAAGUCUAGUACGUUUGCAUCAUCUCAUUAUGCAGCCUCUUCCUAUUACAAUAAUAAUUCAGAUACCACACCUUUGCUUCAACAACAGCCAUCCGCUCCCCCGCCACUUCCGACUCAUACUUCUUCGGAGAGGUUUUUAACUGCACCGCAAACACGUAUGCCCUCUACUAAUAAUCGAAACAUUACAUCAGAAUAUAUCGAAAUGUAUUCUUCGUUUACACCUAAUGCAAGUGGAGUCAAUAUUGCAAACCGAUCGGAUUUGAGAGCAGUAUCUUUAGAAGAGUUUGGUACCAAUGACCCCGUUGAGCCACCUUUGGCUAUUGACAGAAAACGCCAUACGAUGCCUUAUUCUACCGAGCAUGAAGAUACGGAUCGUCAUUUAUCACUUCCUAAUAUGUACCACCCUUCUUUAGCUUCCAUGGAUUAUUUGUCGGAGGAAGAUGAGGACGAUGAAGAUAUUGAACAUGCGGUGAGUGGGAAAGCGGUUGAACUGAAGCGACAACUUUCUGCACCUGUUGUUCGUCGUCGACAUGAAAAUAUCAAUACGGAUUUAAAGAGACAUAAUACAGUACCUUCCAAAUCUCGACAAGUGAUUAAUCCAUUUGGUGAUGAAUAUACAGAAAGUCCCGUUGAGUACGAAGAAAAAAUCCUGGUGGAAGACGAGGACGAACAAGAAAUAGAGAGACCUGUGAAUUAUCACCGUAUCGUGACUGAAGAAUCAUUUGUGGAUAAUAAACGACAUCCCACCAACCAAAGAAACAACAAUGUAUAAAUAUUAGUAAUUUAAUUAAUAAAGUAGAAAUCCUUGAUAUAACAAA